UAACGUAAUUUGUUUAGUUAUCAAUAAAAUUAUUUUUAAAGAAUUUUGAAUAAACAAUUUCUAUCUUAUUCUAACAAUAUGGAUGAAGAAAUGCGUACUCUUUGGUGUGGAAAUUUAAGUGAAAAAGUGACAGAAGAAAUUCUAUAUGAAUUAUUUUUACAGAAAUUUGAAAGUUAUUCAAGACAGGAUAUUCCAUAUCAGGAUAUACCAUAUUUUGCGAGAUUAUCAUCCAAGAUAUAUUAUUAUGUGGAAUUCAAUGAUUAAUGAACGUGAUGAACCACACAUUAGAACUUAUGCAGAAAUAUUAAAACAAAAACAGGAUGAUGAAGGAUAUCAAACUACAAGUUCAAUACGACAGGAUCGUGUUGAAAAUGAUAUAUUGAAAUUAUAUAAAUUAAACAAUGAACCUCUUUUAGCAAGACAGAAACAUAUUCAAUUUUUAAAAAAAUCUUUAUUUCAACUUAGUGAAGCUUAUCAGUGUUUAGAUUCUAGUAGACCAUGGUUGUGUUAUUGGAGUCUACAUUCUCUUCAAAUUUUAGGAGAACGUUUAGAAUAUGAUGAAUAUUCUAAAAUUAUUAGUUUUUUAGCCAAAUGUCAAUCACCAGAAGGAGGUUUUGGAGGAGGUCCAGGACAGCAUCCUCAUUUAGCCUCUACAUAUGCAGCAAUAAAUGCAUUAUGCACUAUUGGUACACCUCAAGCUUAUCAAGUAAUUAAUAGAAAAGGACUUAAACAGUUUUUAUCAUCCUUACAUGGAGAAGAUGGUUCUUUUAGUUUGCAUAAAGAUGGAGAAACGGAUAUAAGAGGAAUAUAUUGUGCUCUUUCUGUAGCAAAACUAACAAAUGUAUAUACUCCUGAAAUAUUUAAAGAAAGUGAAAGUUGGAUAGCUAAAUGUCAAACAUGGGAAGGUGGUUUUGGUGGUUCUCCUGGCAUGGAAGCUCAUGGAGGAUAUGGAUUUUGUGGAUUAGCAGCACUAGUGCUUCUUGGGAAACCUCAUUUCUGUUGUUUGAAAUCAUUUUUGAGAUGGAUAGUAAAUAAACAAAUGCGCUUAGAAGGUGGAUUCCAAGGACGCACAGAGAAGUUAGUAGAUGGUUGUUAUUCAUUCUGGCAAGGUGGAGCUUUUCCAUUAAUUCAUACAAUUUUAACUAUGGAAAACAAAGUGUUCAAUUCCGCAUAUUGGUUGUUUAAUCAAGAGGCCUUACAAGAAUAUUUAUUAAUUUGCUGUCAACAUCCUUAUGGUAGUCUUGUGGACAAGCCUGGAAAAAGUCAAGAUGUAUAUCAUACAUGUUAUGCACUUAGUGGAUUGUCAAUUGCACAAAAUUCUCCAUGGCCAUUGAUUAUUGGAUCAUCUAACAUAAAUUUAGUAAAAAUAAUUCAUCCUUUGUAUAAUUUAGAAGAUUCUUGUGCAGUUAAUGCAUUAAAAUAUUUUAAUACACUGCCUAUACCUGACUGAACAUAUAUUUAAUGUUUAAAAUAUAUAAAUAAAAUAAAAA